UCUGAUAAAAUGAGUGGCCGUGGAAAAGGAGGAAAGGGUCUCGGUAAAGGAGGCGCUAAGCGUCACCGCAAAGUUCUCCGUGAUAACAUCCAGGGAAUUACCAAGCCCGCCAUCCGCCGUCUGGCUCGCCGUGGCGGAGUGAAGCGUAUCUCUGGUCUGAUCUACGAGGAGACUCGUGGGGUGUUGAAGGUUUUCCUGGAGAACGUGAUCCGUGAUGCUGUCACCUACACCGAGCACGCAAAGAGGAAGACUGUGACCGCCAUGGACGUGGUUUAUGCUCUGAAGAGACAGGGAAGAACUCUGUACGGCUUCGGCGGUUAAACUCACUUCACUUUGUCAUCAAACAAAACAACAACGGCUCUUUUAAGAGCCAACCACUUUGUCUCUGAGAGCUCAAUCAUCUGAAUGUGUCAUAUUAUAGUUUUAAUAAUAUUUUUGUAUGCAUUUAAUCCAUAACGUGGGACAAUCAAUAUAACUUAAACAUUAGUAGUAGAAGAUUAUUAUGGUGAACGUCUCUUCCACCAUCUUUGUUUAUUUCAUCCAAGUUUCACAAGUGUCCUCUGGCUGGUGUUUAACGUGAAUUACCGUAUAUAUCAGAUGUAGAGCUGAGGAAUUUGACUGUGUAUAAAAUAACCUCUGUGUGAGAUAGAGGACCAUCAUGAGAGCAAAUGAUCUUACUGGGAAUAAAUCUGCCAUCUGUG